AUGUCUGUCAUUCAAUCGGCACAACAGGAUGUUGAGUUUGUGGAUGCAACAGUAAAAUGCUUUGAGACUCGCGUCCUUCAAGUCGUUAGUUGGGUGAGAGAUAUGAUACGCAAGUGCAAGGGAGAAAAUCUAGACAUGGAGGAUUAUGACAACAAUGACAAUGAGUUCACUGCUAAAAAGCCAAUUGCUGAGAUCAUGACCGAGGAGAGAUUUCUGCAAAGUUCAGCUCUGACGAGCCCAGCUCUAACGAGCCCAGCUCUGAUGAGUCCAGCUAUGAUGAGCCCAGCUCUGAUGAGUCAAGCUCCCAACGCUACCAACCACGUGCCAGCCCUGCCAAGUCCAGCGCCGCCAAGUCCAGCGCUGCCCAGUCCAGCCCUGCAAGGUCCACCUCUACCAAGUCCAGCGCUGCCAAGUCCAGCGCUGCCCAGUCCAGCGCUGUCAAGUUCAGCGCUGCCCAGUCCAGCCCUGCAAGGUCCACCUCUACCCAGUCCAGCGCUGCCAAGUUCAGCUCUGCAGAAUCCAGCUAUGUCAAAUCCAGUCCUGCAGAGCCCAGAUAUGCAGAAUCCAGCCAUGCCAAGUGCAGCCCUGCAGAAUCCAGUCCUGCAGAAUACAGUAUUGAAAAAUCCAGUUCUGCAAGGUCCAGCGCUGCCAAGCCCAGCUCUGCCGAGCUCAGCUCUGACGAGCCCCUGCCAGGAAGAGAAGGCAGUGCAGCAGAAACAAAAGGAGAUGGAGAAAGAGGAGGUUCAUGUGUCUUUGUUGGAUGACGAUGAACUAACCGAUUUGUUGGAUGAGGAUGUGAUAGAGGUCGAAUGUUUGGCAAAUUUAGAGGAAGAUUCCACCGAGAUGUUGGAAGAGCCUCAAAGAGAAACGGAAAGAAAUAGAUAA